CUGAAGACACUUCAAAGGAAAAUACCCUAAAAACAAAAAAAUCGAGAGCUCUGUGAAAAACCGAUUCCCUUCUUUAGUUCCACCUUCUUGAUUUCCCAUAUAGUGAUUUUAUUUUUCCUUUUUUUUCUUUAUUUUUGUCUUUGAAAAAUCGAAGUUUCUACAAGCUAUGGAGUCAAUUGAAGGACCCAUACCACAUCCAGAGUUGUUUAAUGCUGCUUAUCAUGGGAAACUCAAUGAGUUCAAGAGGUUUGCCUUUAAUUGUGCUAAAGAUAAAGGGGUUGGAGUAGCAGAAGCGAUUAAGAAGGUUAAACUUGAAGGUGGAGGAGGAUUACUUCAUUCUGCUGCUGCAGGAGGAAGUUUAAAGCUUUGCAAAUACUUGAUUGAGGAUUUGAAACUUGACGUGGAUACCAAAGAUGGAGAAGGUUGCACACCCUUGUAUAAUGCCUCUAGAGGUGGGCAUUUUGACAUGGUCAUAUAUCUUCUUGAAAAGGGUGCCGACCCUGAUGCGUCAACUGAUACGAAUCUCACUCCUCUACAUUAUGCUGCUAAGUCAGGUGAUACAAAGAUAAUAACCUUGUUACUUUCAAAGGGUGUUCGCUUAGAUGUUGUAAAAUAGCUUUGGCACUUCCCUUCAGUUUGCUGUUACUCUUGGUCAUAGAGAUGCGGUUAAAGUUCUGUUGCAUCACGGUGC